GAGAGAGAGAGCGAGAGAGCGAGGGAGGGAGGGAGAGAGAGGGAGGACAGCGAGUGCGUGAACAGGCAACAGCCAGGCGGGCACAUCAGCAACAGCGGCUGAGCGUCUUCCCCCGAUCCUCGCCUCCCGAUUCUGCUUCUGUCAUCAUUUAUAUUGGUGCCAAAUCCCUGCGUGGCGUGUGCGCCUCCGGCUGAGCCCCUCACCGCGCGGGGCUGAAGUGUCUAGAGGCGUCCGGUGACCGUUCACCCCCUGCCGCUUACUUUCCUCCGGAGCUCGGUUUAUUCUUAGCUCAGCUGGAAGAGACACAGAGAGAGGGAGACUGUCCUUCCGGUACACUCUCUCUUAUUUCUCCCAGUUUCUUGAAUAUUUAAUGGAAAAUGGCGAUCUGCGCGCAGUCGGUCGGCGUUUUCUGCCUCUUCGCCGUACAAACUGUACUUAUCAUAUGCGUCUCCACGCCGAUAGCCGGGACCCAUCACUUCCCACAGCACUACACAAUGAUUCACUGGGCUGGACGCAUUGAGAAGGAGCUGGAAAAGGUUCUUCAACACGUCACUGGAGCUCAGCAGAUGCGAUCGAUUUAUAAUGAGAAGAAGAGCCAGUUUGAAAUCAAGAGAAACAACCCCAAGGACCUGGUGGACAGAGUGGCGCGGGACAUCUCCAAGCUGCUAAACAGCAAGAGUAAAGCCUUAGAGAAAUUGGUCAGAGAGGCUGAGCAACUUCAGAAGGAGCACGUGUGGCAAGACGGUGUGACGGAGAAUGCCAUUUCAUACUACGAUUCCAAAGCGGAUUCAGACUAUCAGACAGAAGACGGAGAGGAGGAAACCCCGCUGGAGACCUCGUCCUCCUUGGAGCUGGAGUUUGUCGACGAUCCCAAUUUUAAAAACAAGGUUAACUACUCCUCCAGCGCUGUCCAGAUUCCUACAGACAUAUACAAAGGCUCCCCUGUGAUCCUAAAUGAGCUCAACUGGACCCAAGCUCUGGAGCGGGUCUUCAUUGAAAACCGGCGAGAGGACAGCUCUCUGCGCUGGCAGGUGUUCGGCAGCGCCACUGGGGUGACGCGUUACUACCCAGCCACUCCUUGGAGGGCACCCAACAAGAUUGACCUGUAUGACGUUCGCAGAAGACCAUGGUAUAUCCAAGGUGCAUCGUCUCCAAAGGACAUGGUCAUCAUUGUAGAUGUGAGCGGCAGUGUCAGCGGACUUACCCUGAAACUUAUGAAAACCUCUGUGAUGGAGAUGCUCGACACGCUGUCAGACGAUGACUAUGUCAAUGUGGCAAAGUUUAACGAAAAGGCCGAGGCUGUUGUCCCGUGCUUCAGGACGUUGGUCCAAGCCAACGUUCGCAACAAGAAGAUCUUCAAGGAAGCCGUCAUGCACAUGCAGGCCAAAGGAACCACAGAUUACAAAUCUGGCUUCACGUUUGCCUUUGAGCAGCUCCUCAAUGAGAGCAGUGCCCCGAGGGCCAACUGCAAUAAGAUGAUAAUGAUGUUUACAGAUGGCGGUGAAGAUCGUGCUCAGGAAAUCUUUGAGAAGUAUAACUGGCCUAACAAAUCUGUUCGAGUUUUCACCUUCUCUGUUGGACAGCAUAACUAUGAUGUCACCCCUUUGCAGUGGAUAGCAUGUGCUAAUAAAGGUUACUACUUUGAAAUACCAUCUAUUGGAGCCAUCAGAAUCAACACACAGGAGUACCUCGAUGUCCUGGGACGUCCCAUGGUGCUGGCUGGGCCUAGAGCUAAACAAGUGCAGUGGACGAAUGUCUACCAAGAUGCUCUGGGUUUGGGACUUGUCAUCACUGGGACAAUGCCAGUUUUCAACCUCACUGCAGAUAGCACAAGCUCUCAGAAUCAGCUCAUCCUUGGAGUCAUGGGAGUAGAUGUUGCGAUUAAUGAAAUCAAGAAGAAGACUCCAACAUACAGACUUGGGGCCAAUGGCUACACAUUUGCUACCGACCCAAAUGGUUACGUGCUGCUGCAUCCUAACCUAAGACCCAAGAUCAUUAACUUCAGAGAGCCUGUCACUCUGGACUUCCUGGAUGCAGAACUAGAAGAUGGCAACAAGGAGGAGAUCCGUCGACAGAUGAUUGAUGGCGGAUCAGGGCAAAGAAAAAUCAAGACGCUCAUUAAGUCAGUUGAUGAGAGGUACAUCGAUGAAGCCAUGCGAACGUACACGUGGACUCCCGUAGAAGGUACAGACUACAGUCUAGGGUUGGUACUGCCCACAUAUAGCGAGAACCAUAUCAAGGCCAACCUAAGUGACCAGAUCCUACAGGUGCAGUUGCUAUACUCCAAGGAUUUUGAAUCUCUGCUGCCAAACAGUUUUGAGUCUGAAGGACAUGUAUUCAUUGCUCCCAGGGAGUACUGCAAUGAUCUCGAACUGUCCAACAACAACACAGAGUUCCUCCUCAACUUCAUUGCUCUUAUGGAGAAGGUGACACCAGACUCCAAACAAUGUGAAAGUUUGCUCCUCCACAAUCUGAUUCUGGACACCGGCAUCAUCCGGCAGCUGGUCGAUAAAGUGUGGAAGAAUAAGGAUUUAAACACAUACGGCUUCCUGGCUGUGUUUGCUGCAACAGAUGGAGGCAUAACAAGAGUCUUUCCAAACAAAGCUGCAGAGACCUGGGAGGAAGAUCCAGAGCCGUUUAAUGCCAGCUAUUACCGCCGCAGCCUUGACAACAAGGGCUACAUCUUCACAGCGCCUCAUCGAUCAGCCGGGGCCGAUCUAUUGAACCCAGAAAACGACACAGUAGGAAUCCUGGUCAGCACGGCUCUGGAUAUCACAAUAGGAGGGAAGACAGUCAAACCUGCAGUUCUUGGAGUAAAGUUGGACCUCGAAGCCUGGACCGAUAAAUUCAAGAUUCUUGCCAGCAACCAUACAGACAGCCGUCAAGGCUCAAAUACGUGUGGACCAAACAAGGGUUGUGAGAUGGACUGUGAAGCUAAUAGUGAUGAUCUCCUGUGCUAUUUAAUUGACGAUGGUGGUUUCCUGAUCAUGUCAAAUCAGAAGGAAGACUGGAGCGAUGUGGGCAAAUUUCUUGGUGCCGUUGACCCCAGCUUGAUGUACGCUCUCUAUAACAACUCUUUCUACAAGCGCAAGCAGUCGUUUGAUUAUCAGUCUGUGUGUGAGCGAGUACAAAACAGUGAAGCUGGAGCUGCGCGGAGAGGAGUGUUUGUGCCUACCAUUGCAGAUUUCGUCAACCUGGCAUGGUGGACAUCAGCUGCUGCAUGGUCCUUGUUCCAACAGCUUUUAUAUGGGUUGUCUUAUCACAGCUGGUUUGUCACAGAUGAGGUGGACGCAGAGGGAAUAGAGUCAAAAGAGAGGAGCUGCGUGAUGAUCCAAACCCAGUUCUACUUCAGUAACCUCAGCAACUCCUACAACAUUCUACAAGACUGCGGCAACUGUUCCAGGCUGAUUCAUGCCAAGAGGAUAAACAACACCAACUUGCUGUUUGUGGUAGCAGAAAAGCUGCCAUGCAGCACCUGCGAGAUAGAAGAUCUUUCCCAGGACAAGGAAGAGUUCGAGGAAAAUCCAUGUGAAGAAAUGACGGCGGCACGGUAUCGAAAAAGACCUUCCACCUGCUUCGACAGCAACGUAGCUGAGAACACAUCAGACUGUGGGAGAGGUCACUCCUUCCGUCCGCCCCUCUACACCCUCCUGCUCAUUCAGCUGCUCCUGCUUUAUCAAGCUCUCAGCCCCCACGAUCAAUCUCUGUUACAUUAACUUCAUUUGACUGCAGCUCUCCUCAUCCCGGGCUCCCUUUCCUUAAAAAUACCCUCAUCCCACCCCCCCCACCCCCUCCCGACUCUUCUCCUUACCUGCGCCCUGCUGUUGUUUUAGUCAUAGUUAAUUACGGGACUUUCCGUCACAGUUAGCUGGAAGCCCCGAGUGCAACGCCGCCCAGCUAGGACGCUGGAUGUUUGUGUCCGCAGCCCCACUUUACCUACAAGCCGAGCUGUUGGUGCAGGAACAUCAAAGCCCCGCCCACCCCCUCCAGAAAAAAGAAAAUAACCCCAUUCUUACCCAAAUACCACCAUCAUCUAGAUAUGGGCGAAAUCCUGACAUAGACUGGAUAUUUGUGGCUGCCUGCCCGCCCUCCUCCUCCUCCUCCUCCAACGGCUGGACUUCCUCCUUCACCAACAGCCUCUUGCAAGGCUGUGGACCCUCCAGCCAGUUAUACCACCAUAGAUGAUAAUAAUAAUAAGAAGAAGAAGAAGAAAAAAAAUCUCCACAAGUAUUCAAAAUGUCAAGUAUUAUCUGCUGAAGUGAUGAGUAUUCCAACCAUGCUAUAUGCUUAGGAUUUAAUUUGAAAAGAAAAGUUACGUGUUAUCCUAAAAAUGCGCUAAAUCUACUUGCCAAAAUGAGAUAUACUUUCACGUGGUCUUAUUUUUGUAGCCAAAAACACAAGAGGAAACCAGAUUUAGAUUCCCAGCAGCUGAAAACUGACUCAUGUUGUGCAGCUCUAAUGAAUCGAUUAUUGCUUUCAAAAAGAAAAAAAAAGAGAUAAAAGACGUCCACUUGGGAGUAUUGCUGUAGUAAAACAAUGUAACAUCAAGUUUUUUCUUGAAGUGUUCAUGAUAGUUUAUCAGUGCUAGUGCUUUCUGGACCGCAAGCCCCCCCCCCCUGCCCAGCUGUAAAAUCUGGAUCAGCGUUCGGUUGCUGCAGGAACAUUGUUGAUGUCGUGUGGUAUUACUCUCUUUUACGAUCAGUCGAACCAUUCUGACCUCGGGAAGAAGAAAAAAAGACGG